UGAAGACUUUAAUGACAACUGGUGGCCAGUAGUCUCUAAUUUUUGGACACAAUGGGGUUCUUACAAACAAGUAAACGGCGAUAUUCGAAAGGUUUUUACCUGCCACUUUACUAAGCAUAGUGAAUCAAGUUCCCGAGAGAAAGAAAAUAUUCCAAAUGAAAAACGUAGAGUGACGAAGACACGGCCAUCUGGCUUGUGUUAUGCAAAAAUUGAAAGCGAUAGGAUAAAGAGGUCAAAAGUUAUACGAGAUUUAGUUAAAAAUGAAGCAGUCAAAAACUAUCCUCCUCCUGCAAUUACAUUAGCAGUUAAAGAAUACGCAGCAAAUAAAUUAGGCCUCGGUUCGAGUGUAUGUGAGCUGACACGCAAAGAAGUAACGAACAUUAAAUACAAAGUUCGUGGGCCGAUGGAAGCUCACCUUAUUGGAAAUUCAAAUUUAAAGUUAGAUAUAUCAGAAUCCAUAUCUUAUUUGAUAGAAAAAGGUUAUCUUGUUGAAAGGUAUUCUGUUUCUCAACGGUCUACUAAGGGUAUUGUGUUUGUGCAUCCGUAUCAACUAAAAAAACUUGAAAGACAUGGGUGGUUGACAUUAAUUGACUCAACUCACAAGACCAAUCGGUACGACUGGCGUCUGUUUACGCUUUAUAUUCGUGAUACUUAUGGUUGCUGGAAUGUAGGGGCUCACUUUUUUGUGAGUAGUGAAGAUAGUGACAUGGUUGCUGAAGCACUGUUGAUAGUUCGUAAGAAGUGCUGUCGUUGGUCUCCCCGUUAUAUGCUUUUGGAUCAGAGCAGCAUUGAGGCCAAAAGUAUUAAAAAAACUUUUCCUGGUAUAACUGCUAGUGAGCAAGAAUGCCAAAUUAUUUUUUGUAUCGUUCAUGUUAUGAGAACAUGGAUGCAACGAAUAUAUGAAAAAGAAAUCCAUGACAUCAUGAUCGUGGCAAUGCACAAACGAACGAAGGUUGGCUGUGAAAACUUUGUUCAGGACGCUAUUAGUCGUUGCUCUGUGCCAGCUAUAAAAAAUUAUAUUAAAAGGAACUAUAUGAAUAAUACACAGCAAUGGGGUUUGUGGGCUCGUCAACACUCUCCCUUGCUUUUACAGGUUACAUCUACGAAUCCUUUGGAGUCUUUUCAUAGUGAAUUGAAGAAAAUAACGUCGUCAUUACAUGGUUUAAUCGCAUCUGCCUAUGGAGUCGAUAAUGAUAUUAUGGAAGAAAUCCAUAAGUUUCCUUUUCCAUUCCAAAACUUACUUAUUAGAGAGGCUUGUAGUGUAAUUAAUAGACUUGAAAAAGGAAAAGGAACACCGGGUUUAACUUCGCUCGAUUGUCACUGCCUUUUUUAUAAUCGAUAUUUAUUGCCAUGCAAACAUAUUUUUCAUGAGAAUAUGUACGGUAAUAAGUUGCUAACUGCUGAAGUAUGGAAAAGAUUUCAGGAAAUGUUUGAAGAAAGUGGAUUCGAGGUAUAUGAAAGUCAGGGGUCAUUUGUAGAAUAUGUGCAGACAGAGCAACAAAAAGGAGCCGAAAAUCGAAGAGUUUCUGUGGUUGAACUAACGGAAAGAAUACGUGACAGGUAUUGGCAUGUUGAAGAAUCAGGGGACGUUGGAAGA